AUGGCAGGUGUGGGCAAGACUCAGUUGCUGCUCCACUUUGCCCAUCAGAACGCCAAUUGGUUCAAACACGGUUUUUACAUUGAUGGUAGCUCGAUUCAGACCGUUGCAGGCAACCUGGUUGCCAGAGUUCGAGAAUUGGGUCAUACCUGUCGCACGAUAUAUGAUGCACUCAAGAUUCUGGAUAAAUGGGACGAACAGACAGACGGAAAGUAUCUCAUCAUCUUCGACAAUGUGGAUGAUCGCUCAGUAGCGAUCGCCAACUACUUUCCCCAGUCUACACAUGCCUUUAUCCUCAUCUCUACGCGAAAUAGGGCACUAGGGAACCUGGCAACAGAGGCCCAUCUGGAAUUAGGGGAAAUGACUCCAAAAGAGGCGGUAAAGGCGCUGCUGAAAGUCAUUCUACCGCCUGGGCAGAGCGCAACAAAUGAACAAACUAAUAUAACCUUCAGUAUUGCUGAAGAACUGGGUUAUCUUCCCGUCGCGCUGAUCCAAGCUGGGGGCUACAUUAAGCCACACCACUGCCUGGGUGACUAUCUCAGCCGCCUAAGGAAAAGUCCUCGGCGCAUCCUUAUACAUCCGCUGCCGGAGCAACGAGACAAAUAUCAAACCACCUUAUAUACAUCCCUCGACCUCAUGUCCGAAAGGCUCUCUCCUCUGGCCCAACAAUAUCUCCAUAUAUUCUCCUUUGGCCAUUACCGAAACUUUCCACCAGCUCUCAUCGAGCUCGCAGCCGAGCAUCACUUCCUCCUCGAUCCAGUGACUGUUUUGGACAGGGGUGACGAGUUUCGACGUACGACAAUUCUUCUUCACGGCAUGCUUUGUCGUACUGGAGAAUGGGCGGAAGAUAAUUUCGACGAAGUUUUGGUCGAGCUUCAGACCAUUUUCCUUGUGACCCUUUCUGAAGACGGUGAUCAAAACCGCGUGCUCAGCAUGCACCCACUCGUUCGGACCUGGGCCCAAGAACGACUGCAGGAGAGUGAAUUCAUCAUAUAUCGAAACGCUAUGGUCAUAUUACUCUGCUGUGGUUCCGGUCGCGAGGGCGGACGACUUCAUGGACAUCUUAUUCCCCAUAUACGCGCGCUGUCUUCUCAUUGGGGAAACCUUCAUGUAAAUGAUCGAGCCUCCUUUGAGCUCUUGAUCAUGCCAGGACCAGCGUACAACCGCGUGGAUCUAAAAAGAGACUGGAUGGGGAUCCCAGAUCUUUCCCAGCGACGCAGAAUUGCGUCGACGCGGAGAUCCAGCCAUUUUCGACUCUCAACAUCACACAGUUCAACAUCUCGCAACUCUCAAGUGAGUUCACAGUGUCUUCAAUCCCCAGAAGCGGGCCCUCCAUUGUUCAAGAGGUCUUGA